UCCCUUCAACUCACUCCCUCCCCCUCACUGUGACUUUAAAAAACCCGAGUACCUUUGCUUUUUCAUCAACAACACAAAUCCCAUCUCUCUCUCUCUCUCUCUCUCUCUCUCUCUCAUCAGACUCUCUGUGCAGUCAUGGACAACAUUGGUGAUGAGUACAAACAUUACUGGGAAACCAAUAUGUUCCUCCAAUCUGCAGAGCUUGACAGCUGGGGAUUGGAUGAGGCUUUUUCUGGGUACUAUGAUUCCAGCUCACCAGAUGGAGGAGCUUCUUCCAUGGCUUCCAAAAACAUUGUGUCUGAGAGGAACAGGAGGAAGAAGCUCAAUGAAAGGCUCUUUGCUCUUAGAGCAGUGGUCCCCAAAAUAAGCAAGAUGGAUAAGGCUUCUAUAAUCAAAGACGCCAUUGACUACAUCCAGGAGCUUCAUGAACAAGAAAGAAGAAUUCAGACAGAGAUAGGGGAGCUAGAAUCUGGGAGAUCAAAGAAAAAUCUGGGUUCUGAAUUUGAUCAAGAGCUACCAGUCUUGUUGAGGUCAAAGAAGAAGAAAAUUGAUCAGCUCUAUGAUUCCGGAGGAUCAAGAACUUCCACCAUUGAAGUGCUUGAACUUAGGGUUACAUAUAUGGGGGAAAAGACAGUGGUGGCUAGCUUGACAUGCAGCAAAAGAACGGACACAAUGGUAAAAUUGUGUGAGGUCUUCGAAUCUUUGAAGCUCAAAAUCAUUACAGCAAAUAUUACUGCUUUCUCUGGGAGAGUCUUGAAGACAGUCUUCAUUGAGGCAGAUGAAGAAGAAAAAGAUCAUUUGAAGAUUAAAAUUGAAACAGCCAUUGCAGCUUUGAAUGAUCCACAAAGCCCCAUGAGCGUAUAAUUAUGACAACAAACUGAUCCAUGAAUGAAGUUCCAUUUUUCACAUCACUGCUGUUUAGUGUUGUUUGUUGGUUGUCACCAUCUCCAUCUUCUUCUUCUUCUUCUUCUUACAGAAAUGUCAUCUCUCUUUAUUUGGUUUUUUUUUACCUUGAUUAAAGGCCUUCCUUUUGGUCUUGGUUUAGCUUCUGAGAAAAUUAACAUAGUUUUUUUUGGGUUCAAA